GUCUAUGACAGCGAUAUGUUUUCAUUCAUGUGACAAAGUUUAAAAUGACUUAAUAAAUUAUGUUAUGAGGCUAACAAUAUAGAAAUGAAGUAGGAAUGAGAACAUAUGUAUUAUGACUUUAGUUGUACCUGUAAUAAGAUGCAGAUGUACCUCAGGUGCCAUUUGAAUGAGUCACAUGGUUGAUGUGAUCGAUUUAUGAAUAAUCCAGAGCUGUAAUCCUGGCUGGAGUGUGCAUCAAGUGAACUGAGUAUGCGUGUGCACGAGCGCCUGGCUUGCUUCCAUCCAAAACCCACGAGGUAGGCGCGUGUGCGUGGCAACCCACGCAUGCGCCCUGAAGCCAAUCACGGGCGUCACACAACCGCAGCGAUUGCGGAUCUGACGCGUCGAAUCACAACCGAGAAGUAGUAGCAGAGGACCCGAGGCAGAGGUGAUUGAGAUGGAGACCCGCAACCGAGAGAGAGCGCGAGUCUAGCUACGCCUGAGCCGCCAGCAUGUCUGCCCACCUGCCAGUCUCCUUCCCCCGCUAAUCCGAUAUGACUGCAGUCGUCCUCCUCCGCGGGGACUACAAUGACACCCUGGUGAGCGAGAGAGUGAGCGCACACUAGCAGGCGCGGUACAGCGCAGGAUGCUCAUCUCGAACCAGACCAAGAAGACGCCCCGCAACUGUUGUUCCCGUCCCACGGUGCCGAGGAUCGAGCGUUUCCUCCGCCACCAGCACCCUCCUCCUCCGCCUCCCCGUCCUUUUCCUUCUCCUCCUGCUGGUGUAUGAUGGAGACCCCCAAUGGCUCUGCAGGCAACGACACCAGACCGAGCCAGCCGGAGAAGAAGAGACCGAACAGAGUGCCCUCCCCGGCCAGACCUUUCCUGAAGGACGCCCGCGCCGCGAAGCCGCCGGCCAUCGGACCCAAAUCGCCCAAACUCGGCAAGCAGCAAGCUCCGAACCGCGGCUCCAGGCGCAACAUCACCGCGGCGAAAGAGAAGCCCCCCGCGGUCGCCAGGACCGGCGCCAAGGCCGGACUGACCAAAAAGCCCAGCAGACUCCCCGGAGCCGAAUUUAAAGCGACCAGCAGUCCGAUCCUCGCCAAGGCCAAGAAAGGGAACCUCGUCUUAGCGUGCCUCGGCCAUGGCUCCCCAGUCCGGGUAUCGACCGGUCUGGUUGGCCAGACCGACAGCAGUUCGGACCUGUCGGACUGCCCGUCCGAGCUGGCGCCGGUGGCCAGCAGCGACGCAGAGUCCGGUACAGGCUCCAGCGAUAAGGAUCACCCGGGGGCAGAGCCUCCGUUACGGACCGAACCACCUGCGACGGCGGCUACUCUGGUGCUGAAUCCCGCCGCUAAGGCUACGGUGUGUGUUGCCCGGACCGGUCCGGAGAAGAAACCCAAAGGACCCGAGGAAGAACUGCUGAGGGAAAUCGAGGAUUUGAGAUCUGAAAAUGACUAUUUAAAGGACGAGGCGAAGGAGUUGCGGGCGGAGAUGGAGGAACUGCGCGACACCUACAUGGACGAGGAGGUGUACCAGCUGCAGGAGCUGCGCCGCGAGCUGGAGCGCUCCAACAAGAACUGCCGCAUCUUGCAGUACCGCCUGAGGAAGGCCGAGCAGAAGGGCCUGCGCGCCGCCCAGACGGGACACGUGGACGGGGAGCUGUUGCGCGGACUCGAGCAAGACCUCAAGGUGGCCAAAGACGUGUCGGUCCGUCUGCACAACGAGCUGGAGAGCGUGGAGGACAAGCGGAGCCGAGCCGAGGACGAGAACGAGCAGCUGCGGCAGAGGAUCAUCGAGGUGGAGAUCUCCAAGCAGGCGCUGCACAACGAGCUGGAGCGGGCCAAAGAGACUGCAUUGAGGCGACGAGGGAGCUCAUUUAAGGACAAGAAAUCCACCAGCCAGGACGACAGCGCUGACCUCAGGUGCCAGCUCCAAUUCGCCAAGGAGGAGUCCGGCCUGAUGCGUAAAAAAAUGGCCAAGCUGGGCCGUGAGAAAGAUGAACUGGAGCAGGAACUACAGAAGUACAAGUCGGUCUACGGAGACGUGGACAGUCCCCUUCCCCUGGCUGAGUGCUCCGGCGGUGGCCCUCAUUCCACCCGCGAGGCGGAGCUGCGACUGCGCCUCAAACUGGUGGAGGAGGAGGCUAACAUUCUGGGAAGGAAGAUCGUGGAGUUGGAGGUUGAAAACCGCAGCCUGCGGGCCGAAAACGAUGACAUCCGUUGUCAGUACGAACGAGACUGCUUCGGUAGGGAGCCUUUCUCGAGCAUGCCCUCGUCACCCUAUGGCGGCGAUGUGCUCGAGUCAGCCGGCGAGCUCCGCCGUCACCUCCAGUUCGUAGAGGAGGAAGCGGAACUGUUGCGUCGCUCCAUCUCGGAGAUUGAGGACCACAACAGGCAGCUUACUUCAGAGCUCAACCGCUUCAAGUUCAGUUCCGGGCUGGUAGGCGAGGAAGGUGGGGAAGGAGGACUAUUUAAACCUGGUAAUGGCUCCAGUGGAGGGAUGUUGAUGGAGGAGCUGAAAUCAGCCAGGAUGCAGAUUAACGACCUGAGCGGAAAAGUGAUGAACCUUCAAUACGAGAACCGAGUUCUCCUGUCCAACGUCCAGCGUUGCGACCUGGCAGCGCACCUGGGCCUGAGAACCAGUAGUCCGCGAGACAGCGAUGCAGACAGUGACGCCGGCCGGCGGGAAGUAGCCGAAGAUGAGGAAGCGGGGCGACUCCUUCUCCUCCAACCCAAGAGGGAGGGCCCCAUCGGCGGAGAGAGCGACUCUGAAGACCUCUUUGAGAAAACCACCACCACCUCUGGGUUUGGAAGUAUCCGACCGUCGGAUGGCAUCGACCUUAGCGCUGCAGAAAUCGCCAACCGCCGCCGGGAGGAACGAGAAUCCUUUGCCAAUGUGAAAAGAGAGGCAGAUCGACUCGGCAAAUCUGUGGACCGUUUGAUCACCGACACGGACAGUCUGAUCCUGGAAGGGAGGCUUCUGGUGACGAUAGCGGAGGGUUCUCAGGGAGGAGGUGACUCCCAAGUCCUGGACACCAUCAAUACCCGAAUGAAGGCUUUCCGCACCGAGCUGCACAUCUUUGUGGAGAAGCUGGAUGGAUUGAGGGAGAGAACAGAUGACCUGUCCCCGAUGCCAAACCUCACAGAGUCCAGCAGUUUCCUAUCCACGGUCACUUCCAUGUCCCGGGAUUCUCCCAUCGGCAAUUUUGGGAGAGACCUGAUGACGGACAUCCAGUACGGUCAGAGGGAUGAGCUGGAGUGGCGCGUAGGACAGGAGCGAGGCGUGGAGCCCUACAACCAGAGCAGGGGAGGUGCUGCGGGACUCGCUAGGUACCACAGACCACUGGUUUUAAGAACAGAGCUGCGAGAGGCGCCUGCUCUCGACGUCCAGCUUCGUCUCGAUCUUGACCGACGAAUGAGAGUUGCGACGGACGAACGGGACAUUCCGGUUGUCUCGCUGCCGCAGGAGGACGAGGGCUUGCAUCCGGAGCCCCAGUGCCCGCAUCUGGAGCUGCCAGGCCUCCUGCAGGCUCCGGAGGUUUGCUGGGCUCAGGAGCGAUCUGCACUACAGCAAGAAAUUCGCCUCUUCCAACGCAAUACGGCCAUCUUCUACAUGAAGCUCAAGUCCAUCCUGGCACGUUGGAGGCUUGGAAGCAGGGACGGCGCGAUGCCCGACGACGGCGCGCAGCCGGAGGUAGAGAAGUCAGAGGGUGUCUCUGAGCUGGGUGGGAUGAUGCAGCAAGUGGAAGCCGACGGGGGGUCUGCUUUCCCGUCAGUGUCACCCAACGGACAUCUGCAGUACCAGCAUCAGUUUGGGGAGAACCGGCGAAUGCUGCAGGCGCUGCGUACCUUGCUGGAGCAGUUUCGGGAGGAGCUUCGUGAGGAAGAGGCGCGGCGCUGCCAACUGCAACAGGCCUACGCGAACGACAAAGCCACCUGGGAGGUGAAAUGGGCCGAAAUGAAGUGCCAGCUCGCUCAGGUGGAGGAGGAAGCACGAGGAAGAACGCGAGGCCAGGCUCAGGGGCUCGAAAGUGAAACGUCAUCCCGAGAUCCCGAGUGGGCCCUGAAGCAGGAGCGCGAGGAGCACCGCCGCCUGUUGGCCGAGAGCCACAACACCUCGCUGGACCUCCGCUGGAGGCUGCAGCAUGGAGAGAAGCGAUGGAGUCGCGAAAGGGCGGAGCUGCUGGAACAUUUUGAGCGGCAGAGGCUGGAGUGGGAUGGCGGUACACGCGAGCUCCAUCACAAGAUGGAGAGGCUGCAGAGGGAGCUGAACUGCCGGCGAGGCGAGGGCACAGAGUACAGCGGGUCAUGCAACGGUGCUCGCUCCCCGCGUUGCCCACGUUCUCCGCAGUCCCCGCGGUCCUCUGCACCCAUCACGGUCCUGCCUGCCCGCUCCCUCUCCGACUCGGACACCUUGCUGGCGGAGCAAGGCGGGGCUGCCGCCGCGAGGCUGAGAAGCCCGACCGAGAGCCCCUUUUUGGAUGCGCUUUCUCUGGAUCCCCUCGCCAGCUUGGAGGUCCCCCCACCCUGCAGGCUGGAGAGUGAGAAGCGAUUCCCCUGCAUGAAGGAGGCCCUCGAUGUGAUUUCCGAGAGAGAAGCAGCGCCGGAGAUGUACCCUGAUGAAGAGAUGAGCGGCGGUAGUUUGCUCAGAGCCAAGUCGGUAUGCUCCAUGAGCGACUUCCAGCGUCUGAUGGACAGCUCACCGUUCCUCCCCGACAAGAUGCGACAUGGCGAGCGAGGCCAAGACGACGUCACUCCUCCUCUUUCACCAGAUGACCUCAAGUACAUUGAGGAGUUCAACAAUAAGGGCUGGGACUUGUCGUCAUCCACCGUCGCCAGCUUUGCUUAUGAUGCAUGGACCAACAAAACCUCAGAGACGCAGGGAGUCGAACCGGUCACCGAGUCCUUCCAACCAGCCUCCUGGUUCCUCACUAGCAGCGCCAGCCUGACCACCACCAGCACACUUAACAGUCGGGCGGGUGCGGGAGAAGACGCGUAUGGGGUCCACAUCCUCCAUAGCCCCACCAGACCUGGUCCAGAGCCAGACUCUGACCCCCUUUAUACAAAGGGGAUGAAGGCGAGAGGCAACGGAGAGGCGGCCGGCGGGUCGGAUGAGGUGUUCACCGGUGGAAGGUGGCCAUGUGGUCUUCUGGAAGCGGGGGGAUUAAGGACUUCUCCGAACCAGUCCCCCAUUUGCCCCACGGUGGGCUACGCCUCCUCGCUGGAGCUUCAGCUUUCUCGGAACAUGAGCGAUGAUAUGAAGGAGGUGGCCAUUUCGGUCAGGAACGCCAUCCGCUCCCCAGCGGGGCCCGUGGUCCAUGACAUAGCCUGCCAAACCAACGGGUUCACCACGCGAGGCACUCAGACCAUGCAGACCAUCAACGUCGGUCUGCAGACGGACCUGCUGAGGAACCUGACCAACAGCCCUCACCGCUGCCUCACCCCUAAAGGAGGCGGCACCCCCGUUUCGUCCCCAUCGCGGACUACCAGGAAGGUCCAGUACUCGCCCGUCAUCCAGAGUAAAUUUGAGCGGCCCUGCUGCUCGCCAAAGUACGGCUCGCCCAAACUUCAGCGCAAGAUGUCCUCAUCCAACAAGGCGGAGAUGCCAAACACCAGCCGCGCCGCCACCCCUACGACCCCCCAGAAGGGCAACAGUGAAUCGGCGUGGGCACGCUCCACCACCACACGGGACAGCCCGGUCCACACCACCAUCAACGACGGUCUCUCCAGCCUCUUCAACAUCAUCGACCACACGCCCGUCGUCUACGACGCCAUGCAGAAGUUCAACAAGUCCCCCAGCCGCUCCCGCCCUACAACUGCCCCCGAGGCCAGCCCCGAUCCCAGGAGCGCCAGGGCCCGCUCCCCCAGCCCCGUGCAGCUGAUAGUGGAGACACAGGGGGACCGGAACGCCGAAGAAGUGAGCAUUCGACAGGACCUUUCCGCGCCCCCGGGGUACACGCUGGCCGAAAACGCCGCCCGCCUCCUCAAUAAAAAGCUGCAAGACGAGAGAAGGAUGCAGGCAGGAGGAAUAGGAAGCAAGAUGGCCGACCCAGAGAGACCACAGCCUGGAUGCAUGGAGGACCUCCCUCGCUCUCCUGUGGCUCCGCCCUUGGAGUCUCAAUUCCUGCGCCCGGCUCGCCCGGCCAACCGCCGCCCCCCUUCGCGCUGGGCCAACCCCUCGCCACCCCCAUCUUCGGCAUCCGGGAGGAGGUUCACCUUCCCGCCACCGGGACGGCGCGUGAGCGUCCCGGAAGGCGACGCAUCAACAUGACGCUCGUCUUCUACCUCUGACGUCAGCCGCCUCCCACCUACCCCUUUUCAUUCAUUCAAUCGCUCCCCAAAGUAAGACUGAGAAGCUCUGAGAAACACCAGCUGACCCCUCAGGGGGGAGAAAAAAAAUAAGACAACUUCUUGAAAUGUACUGUAAUCAUCUCCAACAAAGUAGUACAAAUCAUCACAACUGCAUUUUCAUAUCAGGUGCCUCUUCAGACUUGAGUUCAUCUUUCGUCCAUACUAAAUGUCCAUCCGAGGUGCCUGUUCCCACUUUUCAGUUCCUCACUGGUCAAUGUGUUGGCGUGCAUAGUUCCCAUUUCUCACUCGAAUGUCAGACUGCGUUAUAUCAAAAUUGCCAUUUCUGUGGUGCGAAGCAGCAUAUGAUGUCAUUUUACCGCCGCCCGUAAAGUUUGUCCUUCGUCUGUAUUUCUCUUUUCAAAAACGAAAACACGGGUGAAGAGAAUGACCAAUUAUGCAUCUGCGCGAGGCAGUUAUCCGUCCAAUAUUUGCAUGACACUAGCACUUUAGUGCACGUACAAGAUGAGCACUAGUCGCGUUAUACUGAAAUGUUUGUGUGGUUUUAUUUUUUAAAAAAUUGGGGGGGGGGGGGGUUCUAUAGUGGAAUACUGAACCUGUCGGCAUUUGUAAACCCGUAGGUCUGCACUGAAUGUGUUGGAUAUAAAACGAAAAAAAAUGUUUUAGAUGAGAAUCUAUGUGAAAACAAUCUAUAGUCUUAUAUAAAUCGUCGAUUAAUGUCAUUAAACAUGAAUGUGCAUUUACAAGA